UAAUUGAAUAAAGCAACACAACAAUAUCGGUUCUAAAUUUGUAUAAAAGAAAAACUAUUUAUUUAAUCAUUUAAUAUGCAAAAUUUAGCACUGACUCUUAUCUCCAUUUUCAUAUACAUAUACGUAUGUAAUUGUAAUUCCCUGGACAAUGUAGAUGGUGGAUAUGUGUUGCGUAUAGUACCUCGAGUUUCGUGGCUAGCCCAAACUCCCAUUAACAAAUGGGUCCCUCUUGAUCAUCCCAUUGAUCGUGUAAUAGUGAUACCAACAAGAACGUCAGAAUGUGACAGUCAGGCGUCUUGUAUAUAUAUGGUGCGAACAAUACAAACGUUCAACAUCGAGUCACAGCAACAGGAUGACAUAAUCUAUAAUUUCCUUAUUGGUGGCGAUGGAAACGUUUAUGAAGGCCGUGGCUGGGAUAAUAGAGGUUCGGUUAUAAAAGGUUUCAAUGAUGACAGUAUAAGUUUAGCCUACAUUGGAUCGUUCAAGAAGCAGUCACCAUCCUACAAACAACUCAAUGUUACCAAACUAUUACUACAGGAUGGAGUUCGUAAGAAGAAGCUCUCUUCGAAUUACAAAAUUGUGGGGGCAAACAAAUUGGACCCAAUUUCAGUUGCAACUAUAGCAGAUGCUUUGUAUAAAAGUUUUGAAAAUUGGCCACAUUGGUCAGAUAAUUAGAUUCGAUUAGUCAUUUUGUAUAUUUAAUUUAAUGUAUGUACAGUGAGUGUCACUCAAAAUCGUACAACAUAUUUUUUUUUAAAUAUUAUAAAAUUAUACAGGCAAUAAUAGGUGAUUAUAUAAAAAAUUAAAAGUCAUUUUAUUAACUGGAACAAAAAAUAUGUAUUUCAACAAAAAAGUUAACAAAACCUCAAUUCGUUAAAAAAAAUAUUGAUGAAAAUUAAAGAACAUCACAAAAUUCAUAUUUCACUUAAAUUCGUACAAUUAUAUUAAAUUAUAAUUAAAACUUUAAAAAUUAAAAAAAAUUUUAAUAUUAAAUAAUCCUAAUACUUUGUAGGGUAUCAUUUGCUAUUUUUUAGUGCCUUUACAAUUUUAAAUGAAGCGUUGAUAUUCUGGGCACUGACAGUCUUACCCAAUUUUUUUAUUUGUGGAUAAGGGCAAUUAAAGGUAUACCCAAUUUUCUGAUAGGUAAUAGCACACACAAUAUAAAAAUAGCAUUUUAAAAUAUUUCCAAAACAUCAACUUUCUAAAACUAAUGAAUAAAAUUUUACUACGAUGGUGUACGGUUUUAAGUGACAUUCACUGUAUGUAUUUUAAAAAAGCAGAUGUCUUCUAAUUUUGUCAUCUGUGAUAAUAAGUGUGUUCGCGUACUUUCCAGUAAAAAUAUCCAAUAACUUUAAUUUAGAGCGUAAAAAUACAUUUACUCUCAAUCUAAAAAAUAUCCAAAAAAGUACGCGAACAACAAUUUGUAAAAAUAAGUUGUAUUUUAUUAUAAAUCAAUUUAAAACGUU